AUGGGAGGUGGUGGAGAGACUGCAGGGACUGUAGGAAUAAUGGGAGGUGGUGGAGCGACUGCAGGAAUAAUGGGAGGUGGUGGAGCGACUGCAGGGACUGUAGGAAUAAUGGGAGGUGGUGGAGCGACUGCAGGAAUAAUGGAAGGCGGUGGAGCGACUGCAGGAAUAAUGGGAGGUGGUGGAGCGACUGCAGGGACUGCAGGAAUAAUGGGAGGUGGUGGAGCGACUGCAGGGACUGCAGGAAUAAUGGAAGGCGGUGGAGCGACUGCAGGGACUGUAGGAAUAAUGGGAGGUGGUGGAGCGACUGCAGGAAUAAUGGGAGGUGGUGGAGCGACUGCAGGGACUGUAGGAAUAAUGGGAGGCGGUGGAGCGACUGCAGGAAUAAUGGGAGGUGGUGGAGCGACUGCAGGGACUGUAGGAAUAAUGGGAGGUGGUGGAGCGACUGCAGGAAUAAUGGAAGGCGGUGGAGCGACUGCAGGGACUGCAGGAAUAAUGGAAGGCGGUGGAGCGACUGCAGGGACUGUAGGAAUAAUGGGAGGUGGUGGAGCGACUGCAGGAAUAAUGGGAGGUGGUGGAGCGACUGCAGGGACUGUAGGAAUAAUGGGAGGUGGUGGAGCGACUGCAGGAAUAAUGGGAGGUGGUGGAGCGACUGCAGGGACUGCAGGAAUAAUGGGAGGUGGUGGAGCGACUGCAGGAAUAAUGGAAGGUGGUGGAGCGACUGCAGGGACUGUAGGAAUAAUGGGAGGUGGUGGAGCGACUGCAGGAAUAAUGGAAGGCGGUGGAGCGACUGCAGGGACUGCAGGAAUAAUGGAAGGCGGUGGAGCGACUGCAGGGACUGUAGGAAUAAUGGGAGGUGGUGGAGCGACUGCAGGAAUAAUGGGAGGUGGUGGAGCGACUGCAGGGACUGUAGGAAUAAUGGGAGGUGGUGGAGCGACUGCAGGAAUAAUGGAAGGCGGUGGAGCGACUGCAGGGACUGCAGGAAUAAUGGAAGGCGGUGGAGCGACUGCAGGGACUGUAGGAAUAAUGGGAGGUGGUGGAGCGACUGCAGGAAUAAUGGGAGGUGGUGGAGCGACUGCAGGGACUGUAGGAAUAAUGGGAGGUGGUGGAGCGACUGCAGGAAUAAUGGGAGGUGGUGGAGCGACUGCAGGGACUGUAGGAAUAAUGGGAGGUGGUGGAGCGACUGCAGGAAUAAUGGAAGGCGGUGGAGCGACUGCAGGGACUGCAGGAAUAAUGGAAGGCGGUGGAGCGACUGCAGGGACUGUAGGAAUAAUGGGAGGUGGUGGAGCGACUGCAGGAAUAAUGGGAGGUGGUGGAGCGACUGCAGGGACUGUAGGAAUAAUGGGAGGUGGUGGAGCGACUGCAGGAAUAAUGGGAGGUGGUGGAGCGACUGCAGGAACUGCAGGAAUAAUGGGAGGUGGUGGAGCGACUGCAGGGACUGUAGGAAUAAUGGGAGGCGGUGGAGCGACUGCAGGGACUGCAGGAAUAAUGGAAGGCGGUGGAGCGACUGCAGGGACUGCAGGAAUAAUGGAAGGCGGUGGAGCGACUGCAGGGACUGCAGGAAUAUUAGGUCGUGCAAUUUUAGGUCAGAAACAGUCAUCAAAAUGA